AGACGGAAGCAAGUUUCAUUUCAGCUCCACGUACACGAACUCUGAAGUUAAUAUUAACUACAGAGGGAUGGGCUCUUUUUUCUCUCAUAUAACUGGGACUAGAGGAAACUGAGGUGGGAAUGGAAAUGCAGGAGGCUUUGUGAUAUAAAACUACUUUUAUUAUUUUCUGUGGCUUGUUUGUUCUUUACUCCUGAAGUUGGUGGCGUUGGGAGAAGCAAUGCAGAAUGGGAAACUGGAUUACUUACUUUGCUGGCUGGGCUGUGGAUCCAGCAGCAUCACAGUGUGCUUUACCUAAGAUUGAAAAUGGAAAUAUGACAGUCACGGCCCAGAGUGGAGGUGUCGUCAGCACACCUCAGUUUGCUGGAGUUCAUGUGAAAAGGGAUCUAACUGUCAAUGUUAGCAACACAUAUGUCCAACAUCCAGCCAGGACAGAUGAGACUGACGCUGUUUCUUCCAAAACUGAAGAAAACGUCCCAAGGUGCCAAGCAAAACUUAAGUCUUACCUUCUAGAUGAAACAAAGAAUCUGUUUCAAGGGAUAGACGAGGAUGAAUCAUCAACUGCUUUGAACAAGAUCUAUACGGAGCUUUACAUCACAAAGGGAGGCAAUGGGGAGGUUAAUAGUGAACACGAAGUGAUUGAAUUAGAAUGUACAAGGAGUACAAGUGAGGAGAAGCAAAUCCACCUCAAUGAAAUUUUUGAACCUUCAUCCAAUGAAGAGAACCCUCCUCAGAGAGUCCUGACGAAGGGAAUUGCUGGCAUUGGAAAAACUGUCGCUGUGCAGAAAUUCACUCAUGACUGGGCAAAAGGAACAGCCAAUCAAAACAUCCAGUACAUAUUUCCAUUCACAUUCAGAGACUUGAAUUUAAUCAAAGACAAGAGUUUCAGUCUUACUGAAUUAAUAGGUUACUAUUUUGAAGAGGUGAAGGAUUUGGAAACGUCAGACUACAAUGAUUCCCAUGUCUUGUUCAUCUUCGACGGCCUGGACGAAAGCAAAUUCCCUUUGAACUUUAAGACUAAUGAGAUGUGCCGCAGUGUUACAAAGACAACAACAAUAGAUACCCUACUAACAAACUUAAUGAACGGGAAACUGCUGCACCACGCUUUGGUCUGGAUCACAAGUAGACCAGCUGCAGCCAGUAAGAUUCCUCCUGAGUUCGUCAACAGAGUGACCGAGGUACGAGGCUUUAAUGAUGAGCAGAAGGAGGAGUACUUUCAAAAGAAAAUUAGUGACAAAGAUGUGGCUCAGAAGAUCUUCAGUCAUCUUCAGUCAAAGCCGUUGAGAAGUCUGUACAUCAUGUGCCACAUCCCUGUGUUCUGUUGGAUUUCAGCCACUGCUCUCCAGAGUCUCCUCACACACACUCAUGAAAGUGAGUUGCCCAAGACUUUGACUGAAAUGUACUCACACUUCCUGAUCAUCCAGACAAAGCGCAAACUACAGAAGGAUUAUCAGGAAUGUGAAGCAGACAAAGAUGUGAUCAUGAAGUUGGGAAAGCUGGCAUUUGAACAGCUAAAGAAGGGUAAUAUAAUCUUCUACGAAGACGACCUGAAAGAUUGUGAAAUUGAUCCAAAACAAGCUGCAGUUUAUUCAGGAGUUUGUACACAGAUCAUAAGAAAAGAAUAUGGUCUUCACAAAAAAGAGAUUUACUCUUUUGUACAUUUAAGUGUUCAGGAGUUUCUUGCAGCUUUGUAUGUAUUACAGACCUUCAUAGAUAGUGGAGAAAAUCUGCUUCAGAGCAGAACGAGCGUGAGAGUGGCUAGUGAGGCAGGAGAAAUUCCUAUCAUCCUCCUCUACAAGAAUGCUGUGAAUGAGGCUUUGGUCAGUGAUUAUGGACGAUGGGACUUGUUUCUGCGCUUCCUGCUCGGGCUGUCGCAGGAUAAAAAUCAGAAGCUUCUUCAGAAAGGACUUGGAUUCAAAGACAGACGUCCGCAGAGCAACCGGGAGACAAUCAAGUACAUUCACGAGAAGAUCAAGAAACUGUCUUAUACCGACAAGAGUAUCAAUCUGUUCCACUGCUUGAAUGAGUUGGGUGACCAGUCUCUGGUAGAGCAAGUCCAAAAGUACCAGAGCUCAGGGGAUGUUAGUAAAAUUUCCCCUGCACAUUGGUCAGCUCUGGCCUUUGUGCUGCUUGUCUCAAAUGAAGACCUGGCCGUCUUUGACCUGAAGAAAUACUCCAGAUCAGAUGAAGUUCUGGAGAGACUGGUACCAGUGCUCAAAGUAGCAAAGACAGCUUUGUUGAGUGACUGUAACCUCACUGAGAGAUGCUGCAGGUAUAUUUCAUCAGUUCUCAACUUGAAGUCUUCUGGUCUGGAGAAGUUGGACAUGACCAGAAAUAAACUGCACGACCCUGGAAUCAAGCUGCUCUCUGACGGCCUGAAAAGCCCCAACUGCAAACUCCAAAGACUCAGUUUGAACGAAUGUAGUAUUACAAACAAAGGAUGCGUGUUUCUGGCCCGUGGUCUGACUUCAACCUUGAAAGAGCUGGACCUGAGCAAGAAUAAAAUUCAGGAUGAAGGAGUGAAGCUGCUUUCAGAAGUUCUCAACAAGUGUUCUUUGGAAACACUGAGGUUAUGUGACUGUGGCAUUACAAACGAUGGACUCGAACCUGUGGCUUCAGCUCUCAGCUUGAACCCAUCUCAUCUGAAAAACCUGGAUCUGAGCAGAAACAGUUUUAAAGGCCAGGCAGGUUCUCAGCUCUCUGGCUUUCUGAAGCAUCCCGACUGCCAGCUGGAGAGAUUAUGGCUUUUUAAGACGAACCUAGAAGAGAAAUGUUCUGCAGCUCUGGCCUCAGCUCUGGCUUCGAACCCUUCCCACCUGAGGGAGUUGGAUCUGGGAGCGAACAAUCUGGGUGAUGUCGGAGUGACGGAGAUUGCUGCUCUACUGAGGGAUCCAAGCUGCAAAGUGGAAGCAUUGAGACUGGCUGGCUGUCGCUUCACAGAGAAGGGCUGUGCUGCGCUGGUCUCCAAUCUGAAGUCAAACCCCGCCCACCUGAGAGUUCUGGAUCUGGCGAGAAACGACCUCAGAGACCGCGGUGUCGAAAACCUGACUGAGCUGUUGGCAGAUCCGCACUGUCGUCUGGAGACACUAAACCUGAAAUGCUGCACAUUAACGACGGCCAGCUGUCGGCCUUUGAGCCUCGCCCUCAGUGGUCUCUCUGCCCUGAAAGAACUCGACCUGAGCUUCAACCGCCUGAUGGAUGAGGGGCUGACGGUGCUCUCUGAUUGGCUGAGUACACCUGAGUGUAGACUGGAGGUACUGAGGUUGUUAGAGUGCACAGAGAGCAGCUGUGAGGCUCUGGCCUCAGCUCUGAGGUCGAACACUUCACACCUCAGAGAGCUGGAGCUGAGCAAGAGAGAUCCAGGAGACGCAGGUCGGAGGCUGGUGUCCCAUUUACUGAAGGACAAACGUUUCAAACUGGAAGAACUGAAGGUGAAGGAUCAGUGGAGUUGGGUGAAGGAAUGCAGAAUGGGAAACUGGAUAACAACCGACCAAGAUGAUGAUCCAGCAGCAUCACAGUGUGCUAUAACUCAGAAGAAAACAGGGAACAUGACGAUCACCUCCCACAGUGGAGGUUUCGUCAGCGCACCUCAGUUUACCGGUGUUCAUGUGAAAAGAGAUCUAACUGUCAACAACACAUACGUCCAACUUCCUGCCAGGACAGAUGAGACUGAUGUUUCCCCCGAAACUGAAGAAGACAUCCAAAGGUGCCAGGCUGAACUCAAGUCUUACCUUCUGAAUAAAACAAAGAAUCUGUUUCAAGGGACAAAGGCGGAUGGAUCUACACCUUUGAACAAGAUUUAUACGGAGCUUUACAUCACAGAAGGAGACAGUGGGGAGGUUAAUAGUGAACACGAAGUGAUUGAAUUAGAAUGUACAAGGAGUACAAGUGAGGAGAAGAAAAUUCACCUCAAUAACAUUUUUGAACCUUCAUCCAAUGAAGAGAACCCUCCUCAGAGAGUCCUGACGAAGGGAAUUGCUGGCAUUGGAAAAACUGUAGCUGUGCAGAAAUUCACUCAUGACUGGGCAGAAGGAACAGCCAAUCAAAACAUCCAGUACAUAUUUCCAUUCACAUUCAGAGACUUGAAUUUAAUCAAAGACAAGAGUUUGAGUCUUACUGAGUUAAUAAGUUCCAAUUUUGAAGAGGUGAAGGAUUUGGAAACAUCAAACUACAACAACUCCAGUGUCUUGUUCAUCUUCGACGGCCUGGACGAAAGCAAAUUCCCUUUGGACUUUAUGAAUAAUGAGAUGUGCCGCAGUGUUACGGAGGCCGCCACAGUCGACAUCCUACUAACCAACUUAAUCAACGGGAACCUCCUUCACAAAGCCUCAGUCUGGAUCACAAGUAGACCAGCUGCAGCCAGUAAGAUUCCUCCUGAGUUCGUCAACAGAGUGACCGAGGUACGAGGCUUUAAUGAUGAGCAGAAGGAGGAGUACUUUCAAAAGAAAAUUAGUGACAAAGAUGUGGCUCAGAAGAUCUUCAGUCAUCUUCAGUCAAAGCCGUUGAGAAGUCUGUACAUCAUGUGCCACAUCCCUGUGUUCUGUUGGAUUUCAGCCACGGCUCUCCAGAGUCUCCUCACACACACUCAUGAAAGUGAGUUGCCCAAGACUUUGACUGAAAUGUACUCACACUUCCUGAUCAUCCAGACAAAGUGCAAACUACAGAAGGAUUAUCAGGAAUGUGAAGCAGACAAAGAUGUGAUCAUGAAGUUGGGAAAGCUGGCAUUUGAACAGCUACAGCAGGGCAAUGUAAUCUUCUACGAAGACAACCUGAAAGAUUGUGAAAUUGAUCCAAAACAAGCUGCAGUUUAUUCAGGAGUUUGUACACAGAUCAUAAGAAAAGAAUAUGGUCUUCACAGCCAGGAGUGUUACUCUUUUGUACAUUUAAGUGUUCAGGAGUUUCUUGCAGCUUUGUAUGUAUUACAGACCUUCAUAGAUAGUGGAGAAAAUCUGCUUCCCAGUCAGACAAAGGGGAAUGCGACACCAGUGAGAGGAGAAAUUCCUAUCAUCCUCCUCCACAAGAAUGCUGUGAAUAUGGUCUUGAAAACCGAUCAUGGACAAUGGGACUUGUUUCUGCGCUUCCUGCUCGGGCUGUCGCAGGAUAAAAAUCUGAAGCUUCUUCAGCAGAAACUUGGAUUCAAAGGAAAACGUCUGCAAAACAACCAGGAGACGAUCAAGUACAUUCACAAUAAGAUCAAGAAACUGUCUUAUACCGACAAGAGUAUCAAUCUGUUCCACUGCUUGAAUGAGUUGGGUGACCAGUCUCUGGUAGAGCAAGUCCAAAAGUACCAGAGCUCAGGGGAUGUUAGUAAAAUUUCCCCUGCACAUUGGUCAGCUCUGGCCUUUGUGCUGCUUGUCUCAAAUGAAGACCUGGAUUUGUUUGACCUGAAGAAAUACUCCAGAUCAGAUGCAGUUCUGGAGAGACUGGUACCAGUGCUCAAAGUAGCAAAGACAGCUUUGUUGCGUGACUGUAACCUCACUGCCAGAUGCUGCAGGUAUAUUUCGUCAGUUCUAAGCUUGAAGUCGAACGGUCUGGAGAAAUUGGACCUGACCAGAAAUAAACUGCAUGACUCUGGAAUUACUCUGCUCUCUGACGGCCUGAAAAGCCCCAACUGCAAACUCCAAAGUCUCAAACUGAAUGGCUGUCACCUGUCAGAGAGAAGCUGUGAAGCUCUGGCCUCAGUUCUCAGCUCACAGUCCUCUACUCUCAAAGACUUGGACCUGAGUAACAACGACCUGCAGGAUUCAGGAGUGAAGCUGCUCUCCACAGGACUGGGGAGGACACAAUGUACCCUGGAAACUCUCAGGUUGUCAGGCUGUCAGGUCACAGAGAAAGGUUGUUCUUUUCUGGCCUCAGCUCUGAGCUCCAACCCCUCCCAUCUGAGAGAGCUGGACCUGAGCUACAAUCAUCCAGGAGACUCGGGAGCGAAGCUGUUGUCUGCAGAACUGGAGGAUUUACAAUGUAGACUGGACACUCUUAGACUGAAUGACUGUGACCUGAGAAAGAGAAGCUGUGAAGCUCUGGCCUCAGUUCUUAACUCCCAGUCCUCUAGUCUGACAGAGCUGGACUUGAGUAACAACAACCUGCAGGAUUCAGGAGUGAAGCUGCUCUCCACAGGACUGGGGAGGACACAAUGUACCCUGGAAACUCUCAGGUUGUCAGGCUGUCAGGUCACAGAGGCAGGUUGUUCUUCUCUGGCCUUGGCUCUAAGAUCGAACCCCUCCCAUCUGAGAGAGCUGGACCUGAGCUACAAUCAUCCAGGAGACUCAGGAGUGAAGUUGUUGUCUGCUGAACUGGAGGAUCCACAAUGUAGACUGGAGACUCUCAGGUUGGAACAUGGUGGAAAGCAGAGGCUGAAAUCUGGUCUGAAGAAGUACGCCUGUGAACUCACACUGGACAGAAACACAGCUCACAGAAACCUCAAACUGUCUGACAACAACAGGACAGUGGUGGCAGUGAGAGAGCGGCAGUCAUAUGGUUAUCAUCCCGAGAGAUUUGACCACUGGCAUCAGCUGCUGUGUAGAGAUGGUCUGACUGAUCACAGUUACUGGGAGGUCAAGUGGGAGGGAAAGGUUCAAAUAUCAGUGACCUACAGAGGGAUCAGAAGGAGAGGGCGUAGUUUUGACUGCAGGUUUGGAGAGACUUAUCAGUCCUGGAGUCUGAGCUGCUCGGAUGAUGAUGGUUACUCUGUCAGUCACAAUAAGAAAAGAGUCGACCUCCCUCCAUGCUCUGACUCUAACAGAGUAGCAGUGUAUGUGGACCGUCCUGCUGGUUGUCUGUCCUUCUACAGAGUCUCCUCUGACUCACUGGUCCACCUCCACACCUUUAAAACCACAUUCACUGAGACUCUUUACCCUGGGUUCUGGGUUGGAUCGGGUUCCUCAGUGUCUUUGUGCUCAUUGUAGGAGUGAUUCACUAAUGUCUGUCUGGUGUUCUUCCAGAACGGGAAUAUUAAUGGGUGUAUCUUAUUUAGCUUUAUUUCUUUUGGGUUUUUUUUUUAUGUAUCUGUAUGUUCAUCUGUAGUUAAAUGUUUAUACAGAGAUCAGUGUUUUACCUGCCCUUUUUUCAAGCAUCAUUCUAAAUUGGUUUAAAAUUCGGAUGAGUCAGUCCCCCGAGCACUUGUUGUUUUGAUUGUCUUAAAGGAGCUAUUUAUACAUAUAUAGUUUUGCUAUUGCUACAUAGCUAAUGUUAGUAUUAACAGCUGUUUACUUACCAGUCGAGAAGAAAUGUGUCUUAUCAAAGUUUAACUCUGAACUACCAGGUAAAAAUUUUGACCCUUGUUUUUACAACUGAAACUGAUUGGACCAUGACAAGACAUUGGUGAAACAGAUGUAAGUAAAAGAGUAAAGGAACCACAGUUAUCACACUUCAUUUAAUAAAAGAAAACUUUAUUCUUAUUGUUUCUUUCCUGCUCAGUUGCCUGAUAAAACCCUGAGUCAUGUUUUUCACAGAAAGGUUCAAGCGUUUUAAAAAGCAUUUAUUGUCAUAAACGAGUUAUUUGUAAGUUUUGCUAUUGCUACAUAGCUAACA